CACCGUUUUACUUCACCUCCUUAUACAAAAGGAUAGUUUCUCUGGGGAAAGCAGACUGAGCCCAGCAGAAGCAAAGGGGAAGUGUCUUGGUUUUACCUGGAGGAAAAAGGGCAGAGAUGUUCAGAGACCCACAUGAAGGAGUGCACCCUUGUCCUCAUCUUCCUGCCAUAGUGCCCUCCAGCUGAUGCAGCAGAAGAAUUGGACUUGGCUGUGGUUUACCAAGCAGCAGCUAAUGGCGAUGUGGACACCCUGACUGCAGUGAUCCGAGAGGAUCCUUCCAUCCUGGAGUCUUGUGACAGAGAGGGUUGCACACCUUUGAUGCAUGCUGUUUCAGGACGCCAGGUUGACACAGUGAAGCUUCUGUUGAAGAUGGGAGCUAAUAUUAAUACUCAAGAUGCUUGUGGACGUACCAGUUUGUCUCUGGCAACUUAUUUGGGCUGGCUGGAAGGCUGUGUCAGCCUGCUCAGGAAUGGUGCUAAGCAGAACAUACCUGACAAGAACGGGAGGUUGCCCCUCCACGCUGCCACCGCAGAGCCUGACGUGAGGCUUCUGAGCUUGCUCCUGCAGCAGUCAAAUCUUAGUGAAAUUAAUCACCAGGAUAAUGAGGGAAUGACUUCACUCCACUGGGCUGCAUUCCACAACAGACCCCAGCACACCCAGACUCUGCUGCAUAAGGGAGCAGACCCGACACUGGUGGACAAGGACUUCAAAACAGCUCUGCACUGGGCAGUACAGAGUGGCAACAGGAUUCUGUGUUCCAUCAUUCUGGACCACUGGCAGGGACCAUCAAUAAUAAAUUAUGAUGAUGAAAAUGGCAAAACAUGCAUGCACAUCGCUGCUGCUGCAGGCUACAGUGAUAUCAUCAGUGAGCUGGCUAAAGUCCCAAAGUGCAACCUGCAGGCCCUUGAUGUGGAUGACAGGACUCCUUUGCACUGGGCUGCAGCAGCAGGGAAAGCUGACUGUGUGCAGACACUGCUAGAACUGGGAAUAGACAGCAGCCCUCGAGACAUCAAUGAAAACACUCCUCUGACAUAUGCAAUAUACUGUGGGCACACGGCAUGCAUCAAGCUGCUGACUCAGGAGAGCAGUAGAUCUGAGUCAGUUCAUCAGUUUCACUCACAGAACAACAGACUUAUAAAGAAAGAAGGACGAUUCAGUAUGCUGAACCAGAUCUUCUCUUGCAAAAAGAAGAAAGAUGAUCAGAAAACCAGUCAGAAGGAGAGAAGCAGGGAUCAAUAUACUGGAGAAGAAACCUCAGAAGUAGAUGAUAUCAUCACCCGUUUUGAUUGCAUUAUGAAUAAAAAUUGCAAAGACCUUCCAGAUGAGCGUAAGACCACCCCUGACUUUAAAAGAAAGAGUACAGACACUAAGUACCUCAUAGCAGAAAAGAAGAAAUCAGUAUGUCAGGGACUCCCACCCAUCACCACCCAGAGCUUCCCCCCAAUCACUACAGGCAAUUCUUUCCUAACUGCUUCCCAGAGCAAAAUGUCAAGCUUCUCCUCCAGCUCCAGUAGCCACCAUUUUCCAUACAAAUCUCAAAAGAGUAGGAGUGAGCACAACUUGCUGGAUAACACAGACAGCUGCCAGGCUUUGCUGGAUGAUCCCUGGAACACAAAUUCUAACCAAAGGCUCUCUUACAAAGUCUGUACUAGGACUUCUUCAGACAAACUGAUGAAUGGCUUAGACUCUGAUAGAUCUCGCCGUGUGCUUCUGUGCCCUCCCUGCCUUCCCUCGCUUCCUAGUUCUCCAUCAGGUAGAAGUUUUCGACAGAUGUCCACGGACCAACACAAAAUGAAAAAUGUUAUUCCUGUACAGAACAGCCUAGCUCCAAUACCCAACCACAGUGCUCACAAAAUUUGUAAUAGCAGCCACUCCAGAGUCUCUACUGAAUGGAAAAGGCUUCCUGAACCAGUAGCUCCUACUGCGGGUCUUUGGUGACCAACUCUGCCCUCUGUGUUUCAGCUGCCAUCUCAGGAUUCUAGGUUUAAGUCCCUACGGACUGGUGCAGUUAGUCUCCCACCAGCUCCAGUCUCCAGAUCUCCGAAAACAGGACAUUCUCAGAGUCAUAUCCUCUAUUCUCCCUUGCCUGAUCUAUCAGGAGAGCAUCUAAAAUCAAGCUGUGUCCUACCUGCUAUCACAAACCAGAAGAAAUCUAAUCCUGAAGAGGAGCUUGAGAAAUCACUCACCAAAUCAGAUGCUGAAAAUUAAUUCAUUACAGCGGCCUAAAUUAGUUGAAAUAUGUCCAAGUAGCUGUUAAAAGAUAACUUUACAGUUAAAUCUCUUUAAUUUGCACUAAUGAUACUGUUGUGAUCUGGAGCAUAACAAAAACCAAGACAAGAUAGCACAUAGCAAAAGCUGCACUGUGUGUGUGUAUAUAUGUAUUUGCAUUAUAGUUUUCAUUUAUGAUGAAAUUACUUAAUCAACAUUUAAUGUGCAGUAAAUUUAUUCUGUCAAUGGAACCCUCAUAAGAUGAUUUUGUUGCAGCAAUGUGCUGUUAAGCCUUUCAGAGAAAAAAGGAACAAAGAGUAAAGUUUUCUGCAUGAUUUUAAAGUUGAAACUAGGGAAACAAAUUGACAGGGCUUCUCUGUAAUUUGUAAAUG